CAUCACCACCCCCAGCUCCCCUCCUCCCCCCCUCGCCUCUGGCCACCUUCCUUCUCCUCUUCCUCCUCUGGGGUAACCAUGGCGAUGGCUGCCACUGCCUCCACCUCUGCCGCGCCCCCGUCGUCCUCGUCGUCGACCAACGGGAGCGCCCGAGAGCACCUGCUGGCGGUGCGUCGGCGCACCCCGCACUCCCGGCCGUACACCAUCGGCCCCGACAACCUCCGCAGCCUGUCGGUGCAGGGAGCCAGAUCCUCCACCUCGGCAUCCUCCUCCGCUAUGUCGUCAGGGAACCAAUCAGAAGCGUCAGGGGUGGGGCUCCAGCGGGCCAAUAGCGACACUGACCUGGUGACGUCAGAGAGCCGCUCAUCGCUCACAGCGUCCACAUACCAGCUGACUCUGGGCCACAGCCACCUGGUCAUCUCCUGGGACAUCAAGGAGGAAGUGGAUGCCACCGACUGGAUCGGCCUGUACCACAUCGAUGAGACGUGUGUGGCCAACGUGUGGGACUCAAAGAAUCGAGGCGUGAACGGCACCCAGAAGGGACAGAUCGUGUGGAGACUGGAGCCGGGGCCCUACUUCAUGGAGCCUGAGACUAAGGUCUGCUUUAAAUAUUAUCAUGGCGUAAGUGGAGCAUUGCGAGCAACGACACCUUGUAUCACUGUCAAGAACCCUGGAGUACUGGUGGGAAGCGAAGGCCAAGUGGAGGACCAAUCAGGGACUGAGCACUGUCGGAAACUAGUCAGCUUCACCCUAUCAGACAUCCGGGCAGCAGGCCUGAAGAAGGGCAUGUUUUUCAACCCCGACCCCUACCUCAAAAUGUCCAUCCAGCCCGGGAAGAGGAGUGGACUCCCCAAGUUCACCCACCACGGCCAGGAGAGACGCUCCUCCAUCAUAGCUAACACCACCAACCCUGUGUGGCACGGGGAGAAAUACACCUUUGUGGCUCUGAUGACUGACGUGUUGGAGAUCGAGGUGAAGGAUAAGUUUGCCAAGAGCCGACCAAUCAUCAAGCGAUUUCUGGGUCAGCUGAUCCUCCCUGUGCAGAGACUCCUGGAGGGGCCGACAGCAGAAGAUCAGCCAGUCAGCUACAGUCUGUGUCGUCGUCUCCCUACGGAUCAUGUGAGCGGGCAGCUUCUGUUCAGAGUGGACAUCACCUCCACUGGACAAGAAGAAGCUUCCCCAGACGCCGUGGGAACCAUCUUGGGUGGCGCAGUGAACGGUGACCCCGGCAGUCCCUCCGACGACGAAGACCUCCCUCACCCGUCCUCGUCCUCGCGCGUCACAUACGGACCCUCUCCCACGGGCUCAGACGAGGGCUCACUGAUAGUCAACAGUGCUUGUUACUAUGGCGACGACAGCGUGUGGCGGGAGCCCGGGCAGAUGGGAGGAGAGGAGGAUCUGCUUUCUGUGGCUACAGGCGGCCACACCCACCGGCAGGUGUCACUCAACGACUACCUGGAUGCCAUCGAGGCGCCGCGGAGCCCGGGGGACCGGCCCUUCAUGGGUCCUUCGCCGAAACUCCGCUCCAGCUUUCCGACGGACACACGGCUCAACGCCAUGCUGCACAUAGACUCAGAUGAGGACGAGGAGACAGCGGGACAGCACAGGGAGCAAUCACAGGAGGCGAGGACACAGCAGAGUACAGACUUAUCUGGGAGAUUGGCUACAUCAGAGUCUGAACAGGGGGAUGAGGGUCCAAAAGCAGAGGCACAGGGGCCGGCUGAAGCUGGAACAGGGGCCAUAACAGAGGCGGAUUCCUCUGCUGGAAAUGAGCCUGCAGGGGCUGAACCUGAAGGUGCAGCUGUAGACCAAACACAAGCAGGAACAUCAACCACCGCUGAGACUGCAGCUGGGACCGGAGAGGUCGCUGGAGCAUCGGCGGAGGCUGCACCAGUCACCGGAGAAACCUCCACAGCUCCCAGCUCCUCUCAGGCAUCAGGAGCUGAAGCAGCCGCAGCAGUACCCACGCCGGCGGAGGCUGUGGUGGAGUGUACCUGUCAGGAGCAGAGCAGCAGAGUGGGUGCAAACCAGGAAUUACCCUGCAAUUCCUCACUCGGACCACUUUCACCUAUUCAGGAGGUGGAGACGAGGACAGAAGUGGCUCCAAAGGCUGAGGAGGAAGGGGCGGAGUCAUCGAGCAGCGAGGCGAACGGGCCAGUAGCAGCAGCUGCUCCGACCAGCGACAACACAGCUGACACUGAUGGAGCGAGAGCCGGCGGCGGCGGGGACGGCCAGGCGGAGGAGGGGGAGGAGGAGGAGGAGGGCGGGGGUGUGUGGAGGAGGAGGCCGUCCAUGCAGGCCUCAGGAGGCGUGGCCCAAAACCAGGAGCCGAGCGGGGCCAGGGAGAGUCCGAACGGGGCGGCGGGGGCUGAGAGAGAGCUGGGUGCCACGGCUCAGGUCAAUGGCCACCAGUCUUCUGUUCGCUCCCUGCCAUCUAUCCGCCAUGACAUCAGUCGCUACCAGAGAGUGGACGAGCCACUACCACCUAGUGAGUACUGGGAGGCUCGUAUCGACAGCCACGGUCGGAUCUUUUACGUGGACCACGUGAACAGAACCACAACAUGGCAGCGUCCCACCGCUCCGCCCGCCCUGCAGACCCUGCAGAGGUCCGACUCCAUACAGCAGAUGGAGCAGCUGAACCGCAGGUAUCAGAGUAUACGCAGGACGAUAACCAGUGACAGCAGACCAGAGGAACAGCUGGCCAAUGAGCUGCCGCCGGAUGAGACUGAUAUGCACCCCUCCAUCCCAGAGCUGCGUAGAGACAACAGUGUGGCUCAGUCCAGUUCCAGGUCUCGCCUCACCCUGCUGCUCCAGUCCCCCAGCGCUAAGUUCCUCACCAGCCCCGACUUCUUCACUGUGCUGCAUUCCAACCCUAGUGCCUACCGUAUGUUCACCACCAACACGUGUCUGAAGCAUAUGAUCAGUAAGGUUCGUCGGGAUGCUCACCACUUUGAGCGCUAUCAGCACAACAGGGACCUGGUGGCCUUCCUUAACAUGUUCGCCAACAAACAGCUGGAGCUGCCCAGAGGCUGGGAGAUGAAGCACGACCACACCGGCAAGCCUUUCUUCGUGGAUCAUAACUGCCGUGCCACCACCUUCAUCGACCCCCGGCUGCCUCUCCAAAGCACUCGGCCCCCGAGCAUCCUAGCUCACCGCCAACACCUGACCCGCCAACGCAGCCACAGUGCUGGUGAGGUCAGCCCACGACGAUUGGUGGGUGAAGACCCUCGUCAUGCCGGCCCACCCGUCCUGCCGCGGCCUUCCAGCACCUUCACCUCUGCCAACAGGGGGCAGUGCCAAGACGUUGUGCCAGUGGCCUACAAUGACAAGAUCGUGGCGUUUCUUCGACAACCGAACAUCUUUGAGAUUUUACAGGAGAGACAGCCCGACUUCAACCGGAACCACUCACUCAGGGAGAAGGUGCAGCUGAUCCGCACAGACGGAGGUUCAGGAUUGGCCAGGCUGUCAGGUGACGCUGACCUUGUCAUGCUGCUAAGUCUAUUUGAAGAUGAAGUAAUGUCCUAUGUGCCUCCUCACGCCUUACUUCACCCCAGCUACUGUCAGUCACCUCGGGGAUCACCCGUCUCCUCCCCACAGAACUCGCCUGGUACUCAGAGAGCCAAUGCUAGAGCACCAGCACCCUACAAGAGAGACUUUGAGGCCAAACUGCGCAACUUCUACAGGAAACUGGAAACUAAAGGCUACGGCCAAGGACCAGGGAAGCUAAAGUUGAUCAUCCGUCGUGACCACCUGCUGGAAGAUGCCUUCAACCAGAUCAUGUGCUACUCCAGGAAAGACCUGCAGCGCAGCAAGCUCUACGUCAGCUUUGUAGGGGAGGAGGGGUUGGACUACAGCGGGCCUUCCAGAGAGUUCUUCUUCUUGGUUUCCAGAGAGCUGUUCAACCCUUACUACGGUCUGUUUGAGUAUUCUGCCAACGACACCUACACGGUCCAGAUCAGCCCCAUGUCGGCCUUCGUAGACAAUCACCACGAAUGGUUCCGGUUCAGUGGUCGUAUUCUGGGUUUGGCUCUGAUCCACCAGUACCUGCUGGAUGCCUUCUUCACCAGACCCUUUUAUAAAGGCCUGCUGCGCAUUCCCUGUGACCUGAGUGACCUGGAGUAUCUGGACGAGGAGUUUCACCAGUCCCUUCAGUGGAUGAAGGACAACGACAUAGAAGACAUGCUGGACCUCACCUUCACCGUCAACGAGGAAGUCUUCGGACAGAUAACAGAAAGGGAGCUGAAGCCCGGCGGAGCCAACAUCCCCGUCUCCGAGAAGAACAAGAAGGAAUACAUUGAGCGGAUGGUGAAGUGGAGGAUAGAGAGAGGGGUGGUGCAGCAGACUGAGAGCCUGGUCAGAGGCUUCUACGAGGUGGUGGAUGCCAGGCUGGUGUCGGUGUUUGACGCCAGAGAGCUGGAGCUGGUGAUCGCCGGCACAGCUGAGAUCGACUUAUCAGACUGGAGGAACAACACGGAGUACAGAGGAGGUUACCAUGACAACCACAUCGUGAUCCGGUGGUUCUGGGCAGCAGUGGAGAGGUUCAACAAUGAGCAGAGGCUGCGUCUCCUGCAGUUUGUGACCGGGACGUCCAGUAUUCCUUACGAGGGCUUUGCUUCUCUGCGAGGAAGUAACGGACCCCGCAGGUUCUGUGUGGAGAAGUGGGGGAAGGUCACCUCACUGCCCAGAGCUCAUACCUGUUUUAACCGGCUGGACCUGCCACCGUACCCGUCCUUCUCGAUGCUGUAUGAGAAGAUGCUGACCGCCGUGGAGGAGACCAGCACCUUUGGACUGGAAUGAGGCCCUCUCACCUUUCCACCCACCCAGUUCUCAGCUCCUCCCCUAGAGGAUGAAGAAGGGAGCCGUAAUGAAAGCUGGGCUCUGAUUCAAAAAGCUGGAUUUAAAGUCUGAUUUCUGGUUUAAAUUUAAUUUAUAAUGGGCUAUAUUUUCUAUUUUAGGCUGGUCAGAUCUUUGAACCAUGACAGAGGUAAACCUUUUACUGCAUCUGCACGUAUUUCGCACCUACUUAGUAACACGCUUUCACCUGUGUGAUGUGACGAGUCAAGACCCGCACUGCCUUUGGGACCAGAAUCAUAACUGCCAGGGUUUGAUCGAUCUGAGAUCGGGGUGUUUGUUUUCUUUUGAUAUCAGGAGGGUUUAAGUUUCUGAAAGAAGAUUCAACCACUGCCUUCUCUGCAAAAAAUACCGAGGGGACUCUUUUAUUCAAGUUUGGAUGGACCUCAAAGGAUUCUACGGCCUGUCCAGGACUACGAGCUUCAGCGAUGCCCCUCGUUGUAGUACAGCGUCUCCUUGUGGCCUGUUCAAGUGACUGCACUCGUGUAGAUAGUGCUGUUGUUUCUCAAAGCCUUUCGAGGAGCACCUGAGAUAACCUUUGGUAACGUUUGUGGGAUUUUCCAGUGAACUUCUCCAGCGGAUUUCGGAGACCCCAAAUAGAAGCUUUGGUAUUGUUGUUACAGUAUUUUCAUCUACAAGAAAAAAAAGUGAUUUUCUAAUGACGUGGCAGUGACAUGUUGUGAUUUGAAUGUAAACUAACUUUAUGAAGUAGAUUGUGUGGGGAGUGAUUUUCUACCAAAUCUGGAUCAAUUGGCAAAAAUAAAUAAAUUUAGCCACAACUUACCGAGUUAGCGAUGUGUUGAUGAAUAAAUUAAGUUACUUAGAGUUUGUAUCCAUAUCCAUUGACUUUGAUUGUAUUUGAUUGAAACUAGCUUUGAUCCAGAUCUGUUUUCUAAAAUUUGUUAAACUUUCUCUACACUCAAGCUAUGUAGACUGAAAGAAAGUUCACAAAGUACACAAAGUCAAUUGAGUGUCCACACAGCAGUGGCGGAUCUAGAAAAUUUGACAUGGGGUGGCAAGAGGUUAAAAUGACCACUUCUGCAGGUGAAUAUCUAAAUGUCAUGCAUUUUACCCCCUUUCCUUUUUGAUUUUCUAUCAGCAGUCCGCUUCAGUUACUUUGACCUUCAGUAGUCGUGAAAAUGUUUUUUAAAAUCCAUGUUUUACAUUGAAUGAGCAUAUGACUAAUAGGCUAAUCAAUCCCUGAACAUUGAACAGUGAGUCAUAUUUUAACUACACAGUCCCAUCAUGCCUAAAAUAAGACAUUUAUUUAUUUGCUAAUUAAAUAAAUAUAACUGACCCAAGUUUCAAACAUAGCACCAUUUGUUAAACACUGUAAAGAUUUGAGACUCCUCCAUAGUGCAUUUACACGUUAAAUGCUAACAUGCUAUUGUUUAAUAGGCAUACUAUUACACUAUAUUUCCAUGUUUAGUGUCUUAGCAUGCUAACAUUAGCUAAUUUAUAAAAUAUAAUUGCAAUAUCUUGACUCAACAUUCUCAAGAGUUUCUGACAGAACACCAUUUGUUCAAUUUGAGACUCAAAUUUUUACAGUGUUGAACAAAUGGUGUUUUGUUUGAAACUUUUAGGCACUAGAUGCUAACAUGCUAAUGUUUAAAUAGACAUGCUACUAUACUAUAUUUCCAUGUUUCGUGGUUUAGCAUGCUAACAUGUGCUAAUUAGCGUUAAAAAAAACUGUGGUAAUAUUUUACAGUUAUAGUUUGAGGAGUAAAGUAGUGGGGUGCCUCACUCACCACCACCUGCCCCCUCAUGUCUCCCUCUAGACCCGCCCAUGCCAGAACUGAAAAAUGUCACCAGGCUUGACUACAGCUGCUGGUGUCAAAAAUACAAUUAGGUCCUCAGAUUCUUACGUACUCAUAGACGUUAUCACCCUGAGACAUUAAAUAAUAUCAUACAAAUAUCUCCUCAGCAUAUUCGCUGUUGCUCAUUAGAAUAAUGCAUUUAGUUUCUUUGUUAUUUGCUCUUUCUUCACCUUACACACUAUGACUAGAAGCUCCGAAUGAUGGAGACUUUUCUCUUUUCUUUGCUCUUCUACACUUGUGACGUCCCACUCGUGUAUUCGUAUGGCUGAAUUUGAUUACACAUGCUGUAUGUGAACUCUGUGAAAUGUCUUUUUCUGACAUGAGGAGUUGAACUCUGACACCUUUUAAUAGUUCUUCUAGAUUUGCACUCUGUCAUCAUUUCAAUGUUGAAUGAAUUGUAUCAGCUCAGUUACCGGGUUGUGAAGUGGAAAGCUCACAGCAGGCACACCAUAAACAGUAAAAACCAUACACUCCUCAUCAUAGAGAAGCAUGAACAUUUUGUAUAAAAUCCAUGUUGAAGGAGCUUGCAGUAAAUUUAUUCUCUUUUGUACGACAUACUUGUUACCGUCCUCUUCACUCACACCCCCCCCCCUGCACUGUGAAUGUAAGCACGCCUUGAACUGCCACAUAGAUAUACAACUGUCAACAUGCAGGCCUAAGACACCUAAAAGUCAACCGCUGAGUUCCUGAACUAACACAAGCCCAUCUCAUUUUAUACACACAGCUGUAUGGAAGCUCAUUUCUGCAAAGAAAACAAAAACAAUACGGAAAAGUUAGUUGAAAUCUGCAAAUUCUGACUUACUAUCUCAUAAUGCUGAUUUUACGAAAUCUAAAUUGCUGUCAUGAUUUGCAAAGUAUUUUAGAAUUUUGAUAGAAUUUACUGGCAUCUAGCAAUGUAGUUGCUGAUUUCAACUCCCUCCCCUCACCCUCUCCUUCCAAACUAUGAAGACGUGUAAAAGAUCCGGCGUAUAAAGGCCUUGAAAUAUGACCAUUCUUAUUUUCAGGUGAAUAGAGACCCUAAAUCUGACACACUGGAUCUUUAAGUAACAAAUUUAGACUUAGCAUUUGAUAUAUCUGACAAAGUUCAGAUUUUAUUUUAGUAUCUCAUAAUCUUCAUUUAGUAUGUCUAAAUUAGUAUUUUAUAAGUAAUAAAGUCCUAAUUCUAAUUCUAGUUUUAUCUUUUUUUUGUUUUUAAUGAGUCAGACUUUCCACUGGCUGAUCAUUCUCACGUUUCAUCUUUUUGUUUCUUGUCUUGGCAGAAAUGAGCUUCCGUACGACCAAAGUUACAGCAGGCAGACUUCUCCACACUCCUUUUUUAUGUGUAAAUGGUACAAAAAUAACUCUAAAACCUAAACAGCACAUUUUAUGCAAAGUCAGAUCAUGUCGUUGUUCAAAAUUUUGGAACUUUUGAUAAAUCCUGGACCUACUGUUUUCCUUGUUUACACUUUUAGAGAAUGUACUCUAAUCCAGAAUUCAGUCAACAUUAUGUCUGUAUGAAGUUGUGCAAAUUGAAAGGGGAUGAAAUCAUUCCAUUGUCAUAAUGAAAAUAAUCUCUCCCUCGCUCAAUGCACUGCCCUCUGUCUAACCAGAAUGUACCAAAGUUUAGAGCCUAACCCGGCUGCCUCACAACUAACUAACCAACCAACCACUCUUUCUGUAUAGACCACCUCACUUUUAAAUAUGAAUGUUUGUCAGCACUCCUCUCCUGAAAUAAAAUGUCAUCUCUCUA